AUGGCCAGUAUGGACUAUGAACACACCCCCGACAGUCUAAUGGGCAUCCAACAGUUGGGCAGUGAAGCGAUUGGGAUUAUUGCUGGUAGUAGUGUUUCCGCUAAUGUGACUGAUGUGAUAGCGGCAAAGACGUCUGGGGACGAAGAACAGCCGAUCAGCGUGAGUGACCAGCGGCAACGGCUACGAGAGGUUGAGUUGCGGUUGCAGAGUGAAGCGAGCAAGGCCGCUAAGGUCGCAAGCAGCGGUAGUUUGUGGAAGAAGGCGGAACGGGAGGUGAAAAAUCUCUUUUCCAGCGGCGAGACGACGACCGACGCGGAGGCGGAGAAGCGCUACUUGCGCAAUAUUGUGGCCGACCAGCACGUCUAUAAGUCCGAUGGAGCGCUACCUGACCCACUGACUGAGGCCUCACUAUGCAACGCACCCUUUCUGGACCUGGGCAUCGAGUACUGCGACCCCGACCACUUGAACGGGAAUACAGACGCCGUCGCGCAUCUCGCCCAACUAUCCGCCGUCUUUCAAAAUCUUGAAAGGAUAAAUACACAUUCUUUGACCACGCCCUGCAAUCCUAAUACAUCUGUUAAACUCGGAAUCGCCGUGGCCGGACCCACUUUGCCCGUCAGCUUCCCGGACUGUCUAGCUGCCACCUGGGAAACCUGGAAAUUAGGUCACUUCGACCAUAACGGCCAGAAACUGUCAUCGGAAUGUGACGAGAGCCUGCUGUUGGGCGUCAGGUUGUUGGACGACGGGUCUGUGGACAUUGAAGGGAAGAUGGGCGACAGUGUGCGCAAGAUAAUCUCACCCACCUUGUUGCGUAAGAUUGGCCAAGUAGUGUCUUCGAACGUAGCCGGUAAGAGUGUUAAGACGAAGCCGCUUCUGGCUCUUACCGAGAUGGUUGAUUUCGUGCAAAUGGCCAUUGCCAAGGAAGUACAGUCGCCCAGACAGGCGGCCCAGGCCUGGGUCAUUGGCGGUAUCUUCGUUGUCAUGGUCUCUCUCUUUACCGCUGCCGUACUGUGA